AUGGCGUCCCCAACUUCUGCAUUCCCGCCAGGUUACGCGGAAGAGGAUAUCAGCGCUCGUGUAAUCGCAGUCGGCGUUACUUUUAUUGUUUUGGAGAUUGCAAUCGCCGCCCUGCGCUUUACUGCGCGGGCUGUCUGCAAGACGAAAUGGGGACUCGACGACUACCUCAUCAUCCCAGCGCUUGUAUUUUCCCUCGGGAUGUGCACCAUAGCAAUCAUUGAGGCCAAAAUUGCCGGGAUCGGUCGCCACCUGGACGUCCUGCUUGUCACGAACCCUCAAGCAGUCGUGAAUUGGGCGAAAUGUGGUUACGCGAUCGAGCAACUGUAUUGUGCAGCAGUUGCAUUCCCGAAGCUGUCUAUUCUGGCUUCAUAUCUUCGCAUCUUCACGACGCGCCCGUACCGAAUCAUCACAUACACUGUCGCCGGGAUUGUCAUGGCGACUGCGAUUGCCGGCAUCAUCACAUCGCUCGCAUCUUGCCAUCCGUUCUCCUCGCGAUGGGACUUGAAGCUCUUUAUCAGCAACUGCAUAGAUGCCGUGCGCUACUGGAAGGGCAUGAGUGUGCCAAAUAUUGCCACCGAUGUGGUCAUGCUCAUCCUUCCAAUGCCCGUCGUGUGGCGCCUUCAGGUGUCAAAGAACCAGAAACUGGCUCUGUCUGGCAUCUUCUUAAUGGGUAGUCUUGGAAUCGUCGCCAGCAUUGUUCGGCUCACCGUAACCUUCCGCGUGACAGCCCUUAGUGACGGCACCUGGGACUCCGCCGACAUCGCGACUUGGUCUCUCGUCGAGUCGGGAUGCUACCUCAUCGCCGCAUGUCUUCCUGUACUUCGACCUCUGUUCGUGCGCGCAACUAGACGGCUAGCGGGCACCGCUCGAUCUCAGACACGGCACUCGACUGGGUCGUCAAUCAGCAUGAGGGAACAAAAGUCCUCACCGGGCGAGAGCCAAUCUUUUAGCGAAACAAACCACAUUCUGGCAAGUGGACGGAACUCUAGUGGAACGAGCGCGUCGGGAAACCUUCACGACAUGCAGCACGAGUACUACUCGCGCCAUGGAAUCGGCACAGCAGUCUGA